GAGCUGUACGUUUCAGUGUACACAGACAAGAUGGCAGCUCCAUUGGAAGACGAAUUUGAAGAUGCGCCUGAUGUGGAGCCGUUAGAGCCAACCCUGAAGAAUAUUAUCGAGCAGAAAUCUUUGAAAUGGAUAUUUGUAGGUGGGAAGGGUGGUGUUGGUAAAACCACAUGUAGCUGUAGCUUGGCUGUCCAGCUGGCUGCAGUCAGGGAGAGCGUCCUCAUCAUCUCCACAGAUCCUGCCCAUAACAUUUCUGAUGCCUUUGACCAGAAGUUCUCAAAGGUGCCUACUAAGGUCAAGGGAUAUGAUAACCUCUUUGCAAUGGAGAUUGACCCAAGCCUGGGUGUGGCAGAGCUGCCUGAUGAGUUCUUUGAAGAGGACAACAUGCUCAGCAUGGGUAAGAAGAUGAUGCAGGAGGCCAUGAGUGCCUUCCCUGGCAUCGACGAGGCCAUGAGCUACGCAGAGGUCAUGAGGUUAGUGAAAGGAAUGAACUUCUCAGUGGUCGUCUUUGAUACUGCCCCCACUGGCCACACACUGCGGCUGCUUAACUUCCCUACCAUUGUGGAGCGUGGACUGGGCCGCCUCAUGCAGAUCAAGAACCAGAUCAGCCCUUUCAUCUCUCAGAUGUGUAACAUGCUUGGUCUGGGUGACAUGAAUGCAGACCAGCUUGCCUCUAAGCUCGAAGAGACCCUGCCAGUCAUCCGCUCAGUCAGUGAGCAGUUCAAAGACCCUGAACAGACCACCUUCAUCUGUGUGUGUAUCGCUGAGUUCCUCUCUCUGUAUGAGACAGAGCGGCUGAUCCAGGAGCUGGCCAAGUGCCGCAUCGACACGCACAACAUCAUCGUCAACCAACUCGUUUUCCCCGAUGCAGAGAGGCCGUGUAAAAUGUGUGAAGCCCGUCAUAAAAUUCAGUCCAAGUAUUUAGACCAGAUGGAGGACCUUUAUGAAGAUUUCCACAUAGUCAAGUUACCGCUGCUGCCCCAUGAAGUUCGAGGUGCCGACAAGGUCAACACAUUCUCUAAGCAACUUCUGGAACCCUACAAACCCCCAAACAAGUGAUCUCCCUCCCUGCAGGACUUCCCUCACCUGCCCCCCGCCCUCCCUGUACAGACCACACCUCUAUUUACAGUCUGAACUCACCUCCUCUGAGCUCCUCAACCGGCCUCAAACCCCGCAAUAACAGCCUCAAGAUGAUCCACUCAGUCCUCAGCCCGUCAUCCAAAGCGGAGCACGCCUAUGGCAAAACACACCCUCAGUGAAGGGGAGCUGAUGAAAUCACAAACACACACACACAUACAUAUUCUGCUAUAUUGUUAGAGAUAAGAGAGUGCAGGUUUGUGCUGCCUUACUCUCCCUUCCCCUUCUCUGGUCCUCAUAUCGUCUGUGUGACAGUUGUACUAUUCCUACUUAAGCAUUUAACUUUUUCUCAACAAAAAACGUCUCCCUCCUCCUCCUCCAUCUUACACAGUGUCCAGCCUCGGUUGUGAAAACAAGUGUUUCCAGUGGUUGUGCUGUGUAUUCCAGGAUAAAACAGCUUUCAGGUGGUUGAUGUUUAAUGCCUUGUUUAUUCUGUGUGGUUGGUGACUGUGUCUGUUCUCCAGUUUGACUUUUGACCAAAAUUUCACACAAACUCAUCUCUCACACAUCGGGAACUUCCAUCCAAAUUUCUACAGAUUCAGGGUGUGAUCGGCAGGACAAUGAAAAAAAGACACUUCUAAAAAGAACAUGGCCUGUGGUCUUUAGUAAUUUUUGUUCUUGACCAAGACCAAUGUUAUUAUUGCAAUAAGAAAAAUCAAGUGUUCAAAAGCGUGUCUUUUACCAUUUGUCAGAUCCUUAGACCUGACAGCUCCAUGUGUGAUUAUAGUGUAAAAAUGCAGUUACCUAAUGUCAAUGAGAUUUUGAAUCAAGUCAAAUUGGGAGCUUGAUAUGGUUUUGUUAUUGCUUGAACUGGACAGUCUUAAUGGCCCCUGUUAAGUACUUUAGUCCUCUGUGGUUGCUUUAGGUGGUAUAUGGUUGGAGAACCCACCAGUUUUGAGAUUUUAAGGCAAAAUCUGUGUUGAGACUCCUGAUGUUUGAGUGGCUGGAAGCAAAAAGAGUUGAUUAUUGACACUGCUGAACUCCCAACCCUGGUUCCCAUACAGUACUCAUAAACCUCAACAGAUGUUCUUCUCUGUCAGUCACUUUGUGUCCAUUCUGUUUUACUGAGAACUAUAUGGGAACACUAUUGAAAGACAUUAGUAGCCUUAUUUAGUGCAUUGUUAAUUAAAAAAAAAUCUUGAAUGUUGCUUGAUCAAAUGUUGAACCAAUGAAUGGUGAGUAAAGCAUCCUUGCCCUGGUCGUUGAAGACUGGACUCUGAUUGGCUCGCCUGAUGCUUGUUUUCCUACAUUUCCCAACAGAAAGAUGUAGAAAACAGGUUAAUACAACCCCCCCCCUCCUCCCCCCGAGCAAAAGCCUAAUUUCUCCUCUCUGUUACUGAAUGCUUUUGAGUCAAUAAGAAGCUGUUUUCUAUAAAUUUUCUUUAAAUUAUGUUGCAAGUGUUAAUUAAAACAAACUUGCCUCA